AUGGUAGUAAAUACUACCUUCCUACCAAGCCGUUUAGUUAAGAUCAUUGAUAAGAGGAGUAUUCAGGUGGUCAGUGCCUCAGAUCUAGAUGGAACUGUUGACUAUGUCGCUUUGUCGCAUCGAUGGGAAACCCCUCAACCGCUCAAACUUUUACAGAGUAAUCUCGCUCAACUUCGAAACAAGAUCAAGAUCACAUGCCUACCAACAACAUACAAAAUGGCCAUAACGGCGUGCAAAGUAUUACAAUUUCAGUACAUAUGGAUUGAUUCAUUGUGUAUCAUCCAGGAUUCAGAGGAAGACUGGCAAAAGGAAGCAGCGACCAUGCAUCUUGUAUACGGAAACUCGGCCCUAAACAUAUGCAUGCCUGGUGCAGUUACAUCAAGAGAUGCAAGGUUGAUAAAGCCAUUGUCUGUCAGACUUGAGCAGGAGGGUGAACCAACCAAAGCGGCUCAUAUGGUCUGUGCGAGAACAUGCCAUCAGGACUUGUUUUUCAGCCCUUUGAGAGAUCGAGGAUGGGUCUUCCAGGAGUUGUCCCUUUCAAGACGAUCUCUGGUAUUGGGAUGUCUACAGCUUUGGUGGCAUUGCCAUGAGCAGCUUGCAUGUGAGACGUUUCCAGAAGGAACAGACUAUGGCGCCAGGUUUGGGCCCGGAGUGGUUGCGAAGUCGGAACUCAGUGCAAUGAAACUCGGAGAUUCGGAGGCAAAGGAUGCUCAUUCGAGCUCACCCUACGAGCACUGGUGGAAUAUGGUAGAGCAAUAUGCCUAUUCCAACCUCACGUAUGAGACAGACAGAGUCAUUGCCUUUUCUGGAGUCGCGCAAGCAUUCCGUCUGUUGCACGAUAUUAAAGGUCAAUAUCUGGCCGGCAUUUGGAGUCUCAACCUGCCCGAGGGACUGUUGUGGUAUCGACAUGACUCGGCUGUAUCUCGUUCAAACGAUUACAAGGCUCCUUCAUGGAGCUGGAUGUCGAUUGACGGACCUUACAAUAUGAGUCAUGGACGCGAGGAUGCAACUAGAUUUUGCUGCUCGAUCGAACAGAUAUAUUUGCAUCCAAGGGACUUGAGGCACGACACUGGCUUGAUAGACGGCAGUGCCAUUAGAGUUUGUGGACAUCUGGUUGGGCCUGUCACAGGUGGCCCUUCACUGGAGGAUGACAUCCUCAUGUGCCAUGCAAAAACCGAAAGGAAAACAGUCGACUGGGAUUGCAUGCUGAACGAGGAUGAAGAGGGGCUUGAUGGGGUUCCUUUCAUAUCUUACCUUGAUGGACUAGAUCAGGAGUCCUCCACACAACCUGGUUUGGUCUCAGGAGCCUUCCGACAGACAUUAGCUUUUUCAGAGGCAAAAGGUUCGAUCUUUUGUUUGCCAAUUGCCUAUUGCGACGACGAUACCGAAGAAGGUUUUGAGCCCGAACUCUGUGGUCUUCUUCUAUACAAUCCUUCUCACCAACCUGGGAUUUACCACCGCAUCGGUUAUUACGAAUUGGAUUGCGAAGCAAAUUUAGAUUUUGAGACGAUAUUGCAAAAAGAGCACCCUUUGCAAUCAAUCAUUAUUUAUUAA